AAUAUACUAUUAUUCGUUAUAUACGACUAACAUUUUUCUCUGCCUUACUCUACGACUACGACUGAGACACUUACGUCUCGUUCUCUGCCUUCGGCCUAAAGUGUUCGCAUGCGCGUUCAAACAAAUUUAAGUGCUUUCUCGAAGGGGAUAUGUUCGCGAGUGCCAAUUAAGUGAAGUGCUACUUCGUCGUGCGAGCAUACGAAAUUUUCGAAACGAAUUUUCUCCGUUCGUGUAUCUCGGCGCGUAAUUUUUAUUCAAACGGUUUUCCUCGGCCUGCGUUUCCAUGAAGUUACAUGACGCCACUUUCGUGCCAUGUUGAAUUUCGUUCCGGGCAAAGUUUUCGUGUGCGCGUAUUCGUUUUCGACCGUGGUUCAUGCCGAGUGCUACACGUGUGGCGCAACAUAACCUACGUUCUCGACGCUGGGAGGUCGAGCGCGUCUGGUUUUCGUUUAUUGACGGAACUAACCUCCAAAACCUCCCGUAUGUAGUUUUUAUUCGACAGAAAAAAGAUCUCCCGUGUUUACUGCAGCUAAUUCUCAGUGUCACGAUCAUGGCCAAAAUCUUGCGGAAACGUACCAAAAUGGGAAGAAGUACGAGGGAGCGAUUGGAAGUGCUCGAUAAAUCGGAACUAAUUGAUAGGAUACUGCAAUUAGAAGUUCACAAUGAGCAACUGAAACUAUUAAUCACAAAGAAUACGGAACCUAAACCAAGAAAAGAGGAGACUCCAGGGAAAGUAAGAAAGUCGUUUGAUUUUUCACGAUGUCAUAAAAGGCAUAUCUUGUUGAAGUUUUAUUACCUUGGUUGGGACUAUCAUGGCUUCACUGUACAGGAGGAUAACUGUGACACCAUCGAGCAUCAUUUAUUUGCGGCGUUGCGAAAAAGCUGUUGCAUAGAGUCUCGCGAGAGCGCGAAUUAUCAUCGUUGUGGACGCACUGACAAGGGUGUCAGCUCGUUCUCGCAAGUGAUCUCGUUGGAUGUACGCAGUAGAUUGGAGCCAGAAAAUCAAUCCAACUUGUCAGACGAGUUGCCCUACUGUAAAAUAUUAAACAGAUUGCUGCCAGUGAACAUAAGAUGUGUAGCGUGGUGCCCGGUCGUGUCUGGUUUUUCUGCUAGAUUCGAUUGCAAGUAUAGGAGAUACAAGUACUUCUUCCCAAGGGGCAGCUUAGAUAUAGAUGCCAUGGACAAAGCUGCCAAGUAUGUUGUAGGAGAUCAUGACUUUCGUAAUAUUUGUAAGAUGGAUGUGGCCAAUGGCGUGAUCAAUUUUAAAAGAACCAUAAUGGAUGCAAGAGUGUUCGUUAUAGAUCGGAGCAGUGAUAAAUCCAUAGGUUACGAUAUGUGUGAAUUAGAAAUUACAAGUCAAGCCUUUCUGUGGCAUCAAAUUCGAUGCUUAAUGGGUAUCUUGUUAUUGGUGGGGCAAAAGAAAGAGGAACCUGAAAUAAUCUUGAAGUUGUUGGACAUUGAGACUUGUCCACAAAAGCCACAGUACAAUAUGGCUCAUCACAUUCCAUUGAAUCUUUGGUAUUGUGACUACAAAGAUGUAAAAUGGUUUGUCGACGAAAAUGAAUUGUUAAACACUAUCAAAAUAUUACAACAGGAUUGGGCUCUCAAUACUAUAAAAUCUACAAUGAUUAAAAACAUGUUAACGGAAUUGAAAAAUUUCGUUAGUUGUGUAAAUACUAAUUUUCAAAGCGAUUGCUUGCUUCUUGGGAUACAGUCGAAAAUAUAUCAACCACUAAUGAAACGAGAAAUGUGUGGUAAGUAUAUCAAUUUCAUAAAAAACCUAGUAAAUUUAAACUCGCCGAUAAAACAGAUUUCAAGUUUCUUCGAUAUGUUAUUCAAAAAUGUUUCUUUAUAUUAUUAACUUAUUCAUAUCGUAUCCUACGUUUAUUAACUUCGAGACACCAUACAAAUACAUCGUUACAAGUCUAUUAAUAUGCUUUGUAUUCGGCUAUAAUACAGACAUCCAAAAUAUCUUGACGAUCGUAUAUACGUAAUUUCAUAUUUCUUCUUUUUAAUAUUGUACUAAACACAAUGCCGCCACGUUUGGACGUUUUCUACAUUUGAGAUUAUAAUUUUCUAAAUGUACAUUUCCUAUCAACAACUUAAUAGAUCAAGUUAAGCCUGUCCAAAAGAAAUGAUUUACGAACAUUUGAAUAUUUCUUUUUUUCUCGUCGUUUUGAUAAAUGAGAUGUACGAGACGUAACAAUGAAAGGGUAGAUCAUGUGUUCGUUGUAUCCAUGCGUUGCAAUCAAUUAACUACAUAUCACUAAAGAAAUGAAUUAAGAAUAGAGAUUAAAUAAUUGGUGGAGUGAUUACGUGAAUCAGGAUACACUUGAUGGACAGGCUUACUAUGUAGUUCAGUAGAAAUACAUUUUCAUUUAUCUACGUGUAUGUAUAAUCUAUAAUAUAUUUUGUUUUACAGACAGUUUGGAAAAUAAAAUCAAACAUUAUGAGAAGAAACGAAAAUUUGAAGUCGUACAUUCCGAGGUUACAUAGCAUAUGUCUAUGCUAAUCACAGAACUUGUGUAAGGUAUUACAUACAUACUAACAGUUUUAAAUACACAUAUGUUUCUCUUACUGUAAAUAUUACAUACAGCAUCUUUAAUUUUUAUUAUAUGUGAAAGGGCUGUGUUUAGCCUUAUUGUUCGUCAAAUUUCGAUAGUGAUUCUACAAAAACAUUAGAUUUUACAUGAGAACUGCGCGAAAAGAACGCCAAUAGGCCCACAAUAAUACACGCAAAAUGACGAGCAAAGCUCUUACAAAAUUUUAAUUUUUUAUAGUCUAUGAAAGUCAAAAUAGAUCGUUAAACAUAAUGAAUUCUUCAUGUGCACGGCUUGUUGAUAUCUCUGAAUACUUGCAACGUUUUAUUAUUUAUCUAAUCUUGCUUUAUCUAGUCUUGGAAAAUCUAACAGCGAUUUAUGCUAAAAACAUUCAAGUUUUUAAAAUGUUUAUUUACAGAGGAUGGAGCUAAAGAGCUACAAAGAUGGAGCUGAAAAGGAGCAAUAUAUAUACAUAAUUAAAAUGCAAAAUUUAGUUCGGGCGUUCAAAUGUAAUUGAUGCUAACACUUUCUCUGCCGUUCACGAUACAUUUUUAGUCGCGUCAGCGACUUUAUUAAACAGCGGAAGUUGAUAGGUGCCGUGAGAUUAUGACCGUGACGGACAAUUAAAAAAAA